AUGAACGCCUACGACUAUUCCCAGACGCCCUACCUCGCAUGGCUCAACGGUGCCAUGCUUCUCACCACUCCAGUGGUAUCGCCAGCAAUGCAAACUCCGGCCUCAGUCGCUGCCCAGAACCAGUCCAUCUUCUCAGCAUUCACCAAACCAAAGUUCUACGGGCCAACGAAAACUACCUCCCUCAUGUUCGGGCUGGCUAACGCUAUCGGUGGCUACAUGAUCUACGAUGGUGAUCUGGAGUCCGGCACAGGCUUUCUCGCCGCAUGGAACACCCUCUACUUGCUAGUAGGCGGCCGAGGCUCCGUCAAGGCCUUGCGCUACGGCAAGGUAUGGCCACUCCUGUUGUCCACAGUCUCGGGUUCCAGUGCCCUAUUGUACGGCCGUCGUUUCAUUAGUGCAGGCUUCGAGGCGUGA